AUGAAUCACCGUACCAAUGCCUUUUUCCCUUUGAUCAUUGAUGCAGAUGCGGGUACAACCCCUCCCACCUUACUCAUAGAGGCCAACAACAGCGACCAGAAAGGCAGCGUAGCUUGGUCUGUCUCUGCCAACUCUUCUGCACAUGUUGCCCCUACCGUGAUCGAUCUCACUGGUAGCGACCACGAUCACAGCAGCGAAAUUCUUCACGAUCACAGCAGCAGCGAUCUUCUUCCUCCAUCCAUAAUCCGACCAUUGAUUUUAAACCCUAGUGGCGUUGUUCAACCUGACGAAGACCCCGUCCUUGCUGGCCUCAAAGAUAGCAUUCAAAGUAUCAGUAUGAACGAAGUAUCGGGUACAUUUUAUUUGUCUACCUUCAAUAUGAGAUAUAAACUUACUGAUAUUGCUUUUAUUCCCGAAGUUCCAAAUGUGUCGACGCAGUCUCAAUCCAACACAGAAGGUUUCAAAGUUCCGUACUACGAAGAUUUGGAAAACUUGGGGGUGAAAGAGGAGGGUCGUCUUUACCGCGUAGAGGAAAAGACGUUUCAACAAGACUCGCCUUAUUACGACGAAUACGAAUUUGUCUCCCUUUUGAAAGACAGCAUCUACUACAAAUGCUUUGACAAAGUCACGGUUAAUGUCAGAGACAAUGCUGAUAUGUACCAUUGUAGGAUCUAUCUCGAUCACCGAGAGGCCAAAGGUUGGUAUUUUCUCAAAUACGAAGACACGUGGGCCCGUUUGGAAUCACAAGGACGCGCGCAAUGUUUCGAGCGUGCUCUGAGUUCUCGAGACGCGAGAAUGGUACUGGCUAGGUUUAAAGACGAACUUUUUAAAAGAACCAGGAACGAGCGCGGAAAGAUCAACCCAGUGCACCUGCUAUGGCACGGCCUUGCGGAAGCUAUGAAGGUUCAGCCUUGUCAUGUUGUGCAAUGUGCAGGUUCCAAAUACGAAGAUGAACCUCGUUGGAUGGUAAUUGAGGGUGUCAACGAAGAGAGUACCCAUCGCUUUAUAUACGAAUAUGGUUUUAACAUUCAGCCGAUGGAACCGCAUAACUGGACAGACCUAAUUAAUGCAUUUGUUCACUUCACUUACCAAUUAAGUGGUGGCAAGUCUUUGAUAGCCAAACUCAAUGGUGACGCACGUGGUCAAAUUACCAACGUGGUAAUUUAUGACAAAGAGUAUGUUUUCAAUUUCAUACUUCAGAAAGGGCGUGCUAAUUCUGAUAAAUACAACAAUGCAUUUAGGCGCCGCCCAUUUCACAGCCAAACCAGUCAAGAAAUGAUGGAUAAGAUCAAGAAUGUGUUUGAAGUGCACUUUCCUUACGAGCAUAAAUGCAAUUUGAUAUGCCAACAUAUCGGCGACCAAAAGUUAAUAUAG